AUGUCUUCCACAGCAACAAUCUACCUCCUCUACUCCAUCCCACCCCAUAACCUCUCCAUCCGCACCCUGCCCCUCCCCCUGCCCCCUGCAGCCACCCGCGCAGCCUUCCUUGCCGCGCUCGCCGAAGAGACAAACCUCCCUCUCACAGACCAAAACGUCACCCUCUACUGGACUCUCCCCCACGGCGCAGUCCGCAUCGCCGGCGGACCCUCCCCAACCACAACCCUCCUGCCGACGACCAUCCCCGUCAUCACGCCCCUCACGAUCCCGUACGCGACCUGGGUCCUGUCCCCCCAAGCCCUCGUCACGCCCCGGACGGUCGUCUCCCUCCACGGCAGCGGCUACUACUACCACCACCACUACCUCGGCGCCACCAUCCAGAGCAGCCUCGUCGCGCGGCCGGCGGUGGGUUUCGGCACCGGGUACGCCACGGCGCGAGUCGCGGCUGCGGUGCCGGCGACGACAUAUGGCGCCGAGCCGUCGCGGCUCGAGGUCUCGGCCGUCGUGCACGUCGUGGCGCUGCGGCAUGUCUCGGAGGAGCAGUGGCCUGGUUAUAUGAGCUUCGGAGGGGGCGGCCUGCGGUUAUGCGUCCUCGUUGACGUCGAGGGGGCGAGGGCGCGCAGUGGCCUACAGCAGGAUGAUGUUCUACCUGACAGGGGUGGGGACCAAAGUCCUCCGUAUAACGCGGCUGAUGCGGAAUCAAUUUGA